GGAAGGUGGGGGGGAUUGUGGGUGGUGAUGUUUGACAGGCAGUUUCUCCAGCCCUGGAGAGUCAGGGUCGCUUCUUGGCCACGGACAGCGAGUGGGUUCAUGGCUUAGUGUUCUGUGCACAGCUAGCCUGUGCUCACUGAGCCUUCGAUUCAACUGCAUGAACGUCCGAAAUGUUGGGAUGCUAGUGGAAUCACGAAGUGGGUGAACCCCCAGUAAUCAGCCUGCGGAGCUGGAAAAGAGAUACCUGACUUGUGUUAGAAGUGAAGGAAGACAGAGAAUAACACAGUCGUAAUUUCUAGUGCAAAUACUAACCCCCGGCAUUAUUGUUCCAGUUACACACCUCUGGUUUAGUAUUAUUAACCUCCAGUCUUGUUUGAACACCUCUCAUCUUGUAAGGGGAAUUGUGUUGGAGAGGGUUAAUUCCCACUUCCUGGAUGAUCAGAAAGGAAGCUUUCACCAAGAGGAAAAGCACAUGGAAGCUGAAUAAGCUUUUUCUCCUUCACUUUUUUUCUCCCGCACCUAAAAGCCCUAGUCUCAGGAAGGGCAUCUCUCCUCUGCACAGUAGUUCCCAUCUGCAGGCUUCAGACCGUUAUGUGGACAUGAGGAUCUUACAGAAGAAAUGGUAAUUCUCCAGUUGUUUCCUGAGGUGUCCAGUUGUGUUCCAUGGAGAUCCAAUUCAGUUGUGACUCUCAAGAGCAUCACCUUCUAUCAGCUCCGGCAGUCACCCGAAGGGCUCUUAAUAAGAACAAGACAAAUGAUGGCCUUCUAAUUAACCAAACUGAAUUGUUUGUGCCAUUGGUUACUGUUCAUGGACAGCCUUUUUCUGUCAACAUAACUCUGCCAGUGUAUGUGUGGGAAGAUCUAUGCCUUCAGGUGCCAGGGUGGAGCCUGGUGAGGCCCUAGAGCUGCAAUAGGCUGGACAUCUUCAGUUGGCACAAUGAAGAUUUGGAAGACAACUUCAAUGUGUGGAAAGGACCUGGACUAACUCACUCAAAAGCAUGUUGAAAGUCCGCAAAUGGUAAAGGAGACUGAAGAACUUCACUACAUUCCAGAGUCCAAACUUUUGAUGGAACUGAUAAGUUAUGCUCUAGAUGGUGAGACUAAGAUCAAGAUUGGAGAGCCAGCUUCAGAGGAGGAGAUGACAGGAAACAUUGAAACACUGACUGAAGAAUCUGGCAGCCUCCAGGAGGAUGCUCUCCAGAAUUCCAAAGGCAAAGAAUUCUGGGAACUGGGGGAUGAAUUGAAUGACCAGAACCUCUUAAAAAGAAGACAGUAUAACUGUAAUGAAUGUGGCCAAAGCUUUGCUUGGAAUACAGGUCUUGUUAGGCACCAGAGAAUUCACUGGGAAAAAGCUUAUGAAUGUGAUAAGUGUGGGAAGGCCUUUCGUGUAAGUUCAGCCCUGGUUCUGCAUCAGAGGAUUCAUACUGGAGAGAAACCCUACCCUUGUAAUUGGUGUAUUAAAAGUUUUAGUCGGAGCUCAGACCUUAUUAAACAUCAAAGAAUCCACACUGGUGAAAAACCUUACAAAUGUGAUGCAUGUGGGAAAGCCUUCAGUCAGAGCUCGGAUCUUAUUAUACAUCAGAGAAUCCAUACAGGAGAAAAACCCUAUCAAUGCAGUCAUUGUAGUAAAAGUUUUAGCCAGCGCUCAGACAUGGUUAAACAUCAGAGAAUCCACACUGGGGAGAAGCCUUAUAUGUGUAACCAGUGUAACAAACAUUUCAGUCAGAGUUCUGAUCUUAUAAAACAUCAAAGAAUCCACACUGGGGAGAAGCCGUAUAAGUGUGCCGUUUGUGGGAAAGCCUUUAGUCAGAGCUCCGAUCUUACUCUACACCAGAGAAUCCAUACUGGGGAGAAACCAUAUUCAUGUUGUCAGUGUAACAAAAGUUUUAGUCAGAGUUCAGACCUUACUAAACACAGAAGGGUUCACACUGGAGAGAAACCAUAUAAAUGCAAUGAAUGUGGAAAGGCUUUUAAUCAGAGCUCAGUUCUUAUUCUGCAUCAAAGAAUUCAUACUGGAGAGAAACCCUAUCUAUGUAAUCAGUGUAUCAAAACCUUCAGUAGGCUUUCAGAUCUUAUUAAUCAUCAACGAAUUCACACUGGAGAGAAGCCUUACCCAUGUAGUCAGUGUAGUAAAAUGUUUAGUAGAAGGUCAGAUCUUAUUAAACAUUAUAGAACCCAUACUGGGGAGAAGCCCUAUGAAUGUGAUGAAUGUGGUAAAACUUUUAGUCAGAGUUCCAACCUUAUUCUCCACCAGAGAAUCCACACUGGAGAAAAACCAUAUCCUUGCAGUGGUUGUUCUAAAAGUUUUAGUCGCCGUUCAGAUCUCAUAAAGCAUCAAAGAAUACAUACUGGAGAAAAACCAUAUACAUGUAAUCUGUGCAAUAAAAGUUUUAGUCAAAGUUCAGAUCUCACUAAACAUCAGAGAAUACAUUCUGGUGACAAGCCCUACCACUGUGACAGCUGUGACAAAGCCUUCAGUCAGAGUUCUGACCUUAUCCUUCACCAUAGAAUCCACACGGGAGAAAAACCAUAUGCAUGUACACAGUGCACCAGAAGUUUCAGUCAGAAUUCAGACCUUAUUAAACACCAGAGAAUCCACACUGGAGAGAAACCAUAUAAAUGUAAUGUGUGUGGGAAGGCUUUCAGUCAGUGCUCAGCUCUAACCCUUCAUCAGAGAAUCCAUACUGGAGAGAAACCAUACCCAUGUGUUCAAUGUGGCAAAAGCUUUAGUAGGCGCUCUGAUCUCAUUAACCAUCAAAGAAUCCACACUGGUGAAAAACUACAAGUAUGAUACUUGUGGGAAACCCUUCAGCACCGUGACCGUUGUUACUGAACAUCAGAGGAUGCAGAGAGAAGAGAAGCUCUGCCCUCAUGGUCAGGGUAGCAGAUGUUUUAAUAAACCUGAUCUUGGUACUUUAAGAAAAUCCAUCCUAGCCAGGUGGUGAUAGUGCAUGCCUUUAAUCUCAGCACUUGAGAGGCAAAGUCAGGAGGAUUUCUGAGUUCAAGGCUAGCCAGAUCUACAGAGCAAGCUCCAGGACAACAAGGGCUACACAGAGAAACCCUGCCUGGGAGCAGGGGAAAAAAAGAAAUAGGAAGGAAGGAAGAGAAAGGGAGAAAGAAAGAAAGAAAAAGGAAAAAUCCAUUCUGAGGAGGAAGACUGCAUAAAUGUGAUAAAUGUGGGAAAACCUGGAGUGCACAAGUUCUGGCACCAUACUAGAACAAAAGUCUUACCAAUGCUAUACUGACCAUGAAAAGGGUUUAACCAACGUCCAACCCAUGCUCCAUUCCAAAAGUACUGGAAAAAUGAAUUUUAUAAGACUUUAACUUUGAACUCAGAAUUACUGAUAUUAAGAAAAUUCUAAGGGGCUCUGGGAGUUGUGUGAAAACCUUCAUUGUUCAUAACUUUUAAAAAAAUGAAUCAGUAGACAAAAAAUAGAAACUCUUACCUUUGCCAUAACCUAAGAGAAAUCUUUUAUUGAGUUAAUUCACAGAGAUAUCAUUAUAAAAAUAUAAGGCAUUAAUGCAGAACUUACCAUUUUUAAAAAAUCAAUGUGGAAAGUCUCAAUCAAAAUUCUGAGGGAAAUAUAUUCAUACAUAUCCUAGAAGCCCAAACUUUUACUCAGUCUCAAUUACCAACUGCAUAUCAGAAGUCAUUUCAGAGAACGUAGGGAAACCGUAAAUCCUGUCAUUAAAAUGAUAUUAAUACUGACAUCACACAUAUCCUCUAAAAGAUGGAGAGUUAUGUCCAGUGCUCAAGCUGGGUGUCUAUACAUUCCCUGUGUAACCCCAUGUCCCUUUGUUGCAGUAAUUUGGUGGUGGUGGUCUAGUUUGGGUUUUCCUAGUGAGCAUGCGUCCCUGUGGCGGACACAGCAAUACUAGUUUAACUUUCAGUAAUGCAGACCAAAAUUUUAUUGGUCUGAAAUCACUUCACAGCCUCUGAACACAUGAAAAAAUUAUUUUAACGAAUAACGUGACUAUUUUACCAUCAAUUGAACAAAAGUGGAACUGUGGUAUUGUGGUACUGUAAAUACAGUAGUUCCAUGGUAUCCAUGGGGGAUAUGUCCCAAGGCAUAGAACUUUAUCAAUCAGCUGGUAGUCUUGCUAAAUUCAGGUAGACUACAAAUAGGCAAAGUGCAUCACCUUUUGUGUUAGUAAUAGAGGUUCUCAGUUCCUAAUUAACAGCUCCAAACUUCGAGUGCCGGUGACUCGGAUCCUAGUGGUGGUGUCUUCGCUGCUCUUCUCACAGCCAGAACUAUCAGUUACCAGCAGUUCGUGCAGUUUUUCUAACAGAUGGAGCUAGACGUUCCCAGCCCUAGUUACCAGCCAUUCUCGGUGGUAACAGUUCUAAGGAAACCAGCCAGCCUGCUCCACCGCAGAAUCAUAAAUGUGCAAAACCAUCCAGCAGAGAGGCCAUUGGUACUUACGCCACAGCGAUGCAUAGCUGACGGCAGGAUGAAAGGAGCGGCAGAUUGCGUAGGCAAAAGGAAUGGACUCCCAUAUGUUCAUGGUGUCCCGUUGAGGAGCUGCAGGCUUUAUGCAAUUAUGGUUUGUGAGCAGGGGAGGGGUCCUUUGUGGAUAUGGAGACACCUGAAGCAGCUAAAGAGUGGCAGCAGCAUCUGGUACAAACAUGCUGUACAGCCAGAGCAAAAGUCUCUCGCUGUGGUGGCUGUGCAUUUCGGAAGACACGGGCCCUCCGUGUCACGUGGUCAGCCCUGCAUCCCUAACGCCACUUCAUUGCUUUAGCGCUUACUGCACACAUGUCUAUUAUUUGCAUUUUGAGAUGUCAGAAUGAUAAUAAAUUUUCCCUUCACAAUUUCACAAGAUUUAUCCUUACUGUAGACUGUAACAUCCUCAGAUUUUUCUCUUCUCUUAAAUGAAAACUUUCCACUCUUUCUGGUACAGGUAAUAAUAAUAAUACUGUCUUCUCUUCAACAUAUCUUAAUUGCCAGCGUCACUACUCUUCAUCUUGGGGCCAUUGUUCAGGAAAGUAAGGAUUAUUUGAACAUAAGCAGUGAGAGUAUGGAGACUGAAGCUGAUGGUCCAGACAGCCACCAAAUGACUAAUCGGGAAGAUAAAAUAGGCAACAAUUCACGUCCUGGAGGAUGUGCAGAAAGGUUCAAGGUUCAUAUGGCUCAUAAAUUGAAUUAUUUCUAGAAUUUCCCAUUUAUAUUUUAAGAACAAGCUUAACUAGGUAACUAAAACUUCAGAAAGCCACGCCAUGUAAGCAACUGUAUUUGACUGUCAUCUCUGACAUGUAAUUUCUAAAACACUUUGACUUCCCUAAGUUAAAAAAAAAAAACAAUUAAGACAGGGCCUGAAGAGAUGGCUCAGUAGUUAAGAACACUGGCUGCUCUUGCAGAGGACUUGGGUUCAAAUUUCAGCACCCACAUGGCAGCUCAUGGCUCUCCGUAACUCCAGUGCCAGGGGAUCCAAUACCUUCUUCUUACCUUUGAAGGCACUGGGCACACAUGGCGUACAUGCAGACAAAGCAACUUAUACAGGAUUUUAAAAAUGUUUUUAAAGAACAAUUUUGUCUUGUUACAACAGACCCUCUUUAACUCCACAAAAAUUUGUCAAUAAAGUAAUUUUGGGAAGACCUUAGAACCAUUGGAGCUGGUUGACAGGGGAGCCAAACGAUAGAACUAAAACUCGGUCCCACUCCACCCCAACUUGACCUCCGAGAAUAAAGUUCAAUUACCAGUGGCCAGUGAUUUGCUAAUAUAUAUGUAAGGAACCUUUAGAAAAGCCUAAAGGACAGGAUUCAGAGCAUCCAGGUUGUUGAAACUAAAAGGUGGCACUCCUGUAGAUGAAAGGUCUUUUCCUUCUAAAACACCUUGUCACAUGCAGCUCUUCUGACAUCUUGGGUUGUGUUCUUAUUUUAAUAACCACUAAUCUAGUAAGUAAACUGUUACCCUCAGUUUAGUAGAAUCAUUGUAGCAAAUGAUCAAACCCAUGGAUGGGUUUGUAGAAACUUCUGACAUAUAUUCAGCCCAAAGCACCAGUGAAGAAAACAGAUAUGCAAUCUUUUGCUAAAGUUGGAGGGAACAGUCUUGGGGGACUGAGACCUUCAUCUGAGGACUCUGUGAUAAUUCUGUCACAAACUGUCCUCUGACCUCCAUCAUGGCACACUUGCACACACACACACACACACACACACGCACACGCACACGCACACGCACACGCACACGCACAUGCACACGCACACUCACACACCACCUCGCUCCUCCAUCUUUCCAACACUUCUUCAUCAUCCUAGUGGCAUUGGGAGCUGUGGUGUGUUACACAGUACACCAUUUUGUCCAAUCAGCCCCACCCACAAAAUGUUCAUUGCAAUGAGUCAUUGUUCUGGUUCAAGGUGCCCGGCACACCAUCAUCACUGACCCCUCACCAAAAUUCCUCUUGGAUAUCCUGCUGUUGCCCGAGUCAUGGAAAUCCUACUGUUAUCAUUCCUCAAGACCAGUCCCUUCACACACACCAGCAAGUCAUAGACGGGGUAGGCCAACCCAAGACCCAGCACAUGGGUCUGGGUGGUAGCUGAGCUGGUCAGUCUGGGCCACUUGGACUGCCCUUCUCAGGCAAGGGGCAGAGCCAGCUCUCCUAGGCCCAUGCCAUCAUAACCUUGGACUUUUAUAUGCUAGGCAAGCACCUUGCCAUUGAGCUGUACUCCCACCAAGGUAUUUUAACUUCAUAUUUUAUUUAUUCAUUGAUGUGUCUUAGGGUUUCUAUUGCUGUGAUAAGACCUGGCCAAAAGCAACUUGAGGAGGAAGGGGGUUAUUUCACCUUACAACUCUGAAGCCACACACCAUCACUGAGGAAAAUCAGGGUAGAAACUAAAACAAAAGCCAUCUCAGAACACUACUGGCUUGCUGAGCCUGCUUUUUUAUAGCACCCGGGUAUGGUGAUAUUUUAUUUUGUACUAAAAUGUUAUUUGUAUGUUAAUAAAUAAAGUUGCCCGGGGGUCAGAGCUAUUAGCAAGCCAUAGGAAAGCCAGGCGGUGGUGGCGCAUGCCUUUAAUCCCAGCACUUGGUAGGCAGAGCUAGGUAGAUCUGUGUGUAUUCAGGGAUACAGCCAGCAUUGGAUACACAUGCCUUUAAUCUCAAUACCAACCAUAGAAGACCUGGAGGUCUAUGACAGACAGCAGUGACAAGGCAGUCAUGUGGUUGGGUUUACAACCAAUGAGAAGGCAGAACCGAAAGUCUUUAUAAAGACUUUAACACAGGAAGUAGCUCUCGUUCGGAGAGGUAAGACCACCGCAGGAGGAAGGGUAAGGUUUUAGCUCUUAGCUCUGACCUCUUGGCUUUCUUCUUUGCAUUGGUUCUGUGUUUCUUAUUUAAUAAGACAGUUGGUUACAUCUACACCCGGGACCACCUGUCCAGGCGUGGCACUGCCCACUUUGUGCUAGGCCCACCCAUAUCGGUCAUUAACCAAAAAUAUGCCCAAUAGACUUGCUGACAGGUCACCCAGAUAGAGGCAUUUUCUCACAUGAAGUUCUGCUUUCCAAGAUAACUCUAGCAUGGGUCAAGUUGGCAAAAACAAGUAGGGCAGGUGUAGAUGGUAAAAUUCUUUAAUGUAUGCCAAACAUAUUUUGUUACAUGGUCUUACCACAUGGCCUAGGUUAGCCUUCAACUUCGGAUCCUCCUGAAUCUGCUUCCUGAGUGAUGAGAUGUGCCACCACACCAGGCUUUAUAGUGUCUUGUGGGCUGCUAAAUAUCUUAAUUGUUCUGGGACUUGUUCAUUUUUAUCCAAGUCUUAGCUCUUAAGUUUUGUUCAAGCCACAUCUAAUUUAGGGUUCUUUUCUGGACUUAAGACUUCCUGGUACUUUAACCCCAAACUUCUUCAACAUCACUACAAACCAUUUGUGGCAAAUACAGUUAAGCAUUGUACAGUUUAGCUACCUCUCUGGCCUUUACCCAGUAGAUGCCAGUAGUGGACAUAUUCCCUAGUUGUGGGAGUUCAGCUCCAACCUGUCAAAGGGUCCUUGAGAGGAGGAGAGAGGAAUAAAGAAGUAUUAGAAAUAUAGGCAGAAAUGACAAGAAAGACAGAGACACAGGAUAGCUUCGGGAGGGCCCUGGGUCAAUACCCAGAUACCUUGAGAUUUAUUCUAAUGGGCUUUUUAUAUACUACCAAGCGGAGAGGCAAAGACUUCCCCCUUUCAAAAUCAAAGCACAAUGUACAGCCAAAUGUAGACCCUUCACAACACCUGGUAGCCAUGCCCUUGGCCAAAUCAUCCUAUUAUGCAGCCCUGCUGGGUAAAGCAAGCUCAGAUUCUCUGACCUUGAGUAAGGUCUUACUAGGAAGCCUCUGUGAUCCCCUACACCUGGUGUGACAAAACUGUGUUCAGACACUGCUCUAUCUCCCUCCAGGCAAAAUCGCUCUUAAAAACCACCAGAGAGGCCGGGCGGUGGUGGCGCACGCCUUUAAUCCCAGCACUCGGGAGGCAGAGCCAGGCGGAUCUCUGUGAGUUCGAGGCCAGCCUCGGCUACCAAGUGAGUUCCAGGAAAAGGCGCAAAGCUACACAGAGAAACCCUGUCUUGAAAAACCAAAAAAAAAAAAAAAAAAAAAACCCACCAGAGAAUGCCCUGAGGGUUAUAAGGUGGAUUUUGGCCUUGUGACUUCUAGUGGUCCUCUACCUUGAGUUUUUGGAUUGUUUUAUGUGUGCUCAUAAUUAUUCAAAUUCCUGGGCAGAAUCUUCUGGAGAACUCAUGUCCUCUUUCUGAGCAAGUCCACUUUUUCCAAGUAGGCAGACUGCUAAACUUUGCUCCUCCCUUCCCCAGGUGGUGGUCUGGGAAAUCCAGCAAUGACAAACACCUGACAUCUAACUAAUUUGUCUCCAGUCUCACCAUCCUUUGCUUCUAAUGUGCCUUCGCCACUAGUUCAGGCAGGUUAGACCUGAUCCCCCUAACUCCACUUUGAUACAGAAGUUUUUGAGUAAAAGCCAGCAUAUUUAUAUGCUAAUAAAUAUCAAGGAGAAGAAUAUUUGGUAUUUUGAAAGUUGAGCAGAUAGGAGAGAACCUGGGUCCAGUGGCAUUGUGGAACAUUAUUUUAAGAUGUGUUGUAUUUGUUUAUGCUGUGGAACAUUUGUUUAAUGAUGCAAAGGUGUGUUGCAUUCUUUUAUGUUGCAUUUGUUUUACUCUGUGAAGCUGUGUUACUUCAUCUGUCUAAAACACCUGAUUGGGCUAAUAAAGAGCUGAAUGGCUGAUAGCUGGGCACAAAAAGGAUAAGCAGGGCUGGCAGGCAGAGAGAAUAAAUAGAACAAAUCUUGGAGGAAAAGAAGAGCAAGAGAACAAGGAGAGGAGGAUGCUAGGGGCCAGUCAUCCAGCCACACAACCAGCCACAGAGUAAGAGUGAAAAUAAGAUAUACAGAAGUAAGAAAAGGAAAAAGCCCAGGGGCAAAAGGUAGAUAGGAUAAUUUAAAGUUAAGGAAAGCCAUCAAGAAACAAGCCAAGCCAAGCCCGGUCAUUUAUAAAAAUAAUAAGCCUUCGUAUGUAUUUAUUUGGUAGCUGGGUGUCAGGCCCCUCAAAAGAGCUGAAGAGCCAAAGACCAAAGAGCAAAAACAACACAGUGGUAAGGUUAACUUUAGAUAGAAGCAGUCAGUUGAUCUAAAGUGAAGGAAAAAUAACAAACCAACAUAUGGACACGUAGGGUUGUUUUCUAAAUCUAUGUUUACGGUUGUGUGUAUGCAUGUGUAUUUUUUUCAAGGAACAAUAAUACAAUUUACACAAGUUAGUCAGGGAAGGUUUCAUUGAGAAACUGUUUGAGGAAAGAUACACAUGAGGACAGCAACCCCUGAAAGCAAUGCUUGAUUUACUUAGGAAAUGGCAAGAGGGCCACGGUGGCUGAAGCAAAAUGAACACAGGGAGUCCUAUGUGAGGGCAGAGAUAAAUGGAAGAGUAGCAGGAAGACCUAGUUAGCCAUGGCUGAAUUAGGACUUUUCUUCUGAAUACACUAAAAGACUAUAAGAGGUUCUAGGCAAAGGAAAAACAUGAUGGCUAAGACUGGUGUGGAAAACAAAGACCAUCCAGUUUGAUUCUUAAAUGCUUCUUUAUGGUUUGGAGACUUCUGUUGUUUGAUACAGAGUCUCACUAUGUAGACCAAGCUAGCUUGAAAUGCAAGAGAUCUGCUGGGAUUAAAGGUAUCCACCAGCACCACAUCUUUGUAGAUGUAACCAACUGUCUUAUUAAAUAAGAAACACAGAGCCAAUACAGAGAUGAAAGCAAGAGGUCAGAGCAAUAGCUAAGAGCUAAAAACCUUACCCUUCACUGUCGCUGUUGCCCUACCUCUCCGAAAAAGAGACCUACUUCCUGUGUGUCUGUCUUUUUAUAGUGUUUCUGCUCUGCCUUCUCAUUGGUCGUAAACCCAACCACAUGACCUCCUAGUCAGACCUCCAGGUCUUCUAUGGUUGGUAUUGAGAUUAAAGGUGUGUGUCUCCAUGCUGGCUGUAUCCUUGAACACACAAAGAUCGGCUUAGCUCUGCCUCCCAAGAGCUGGGAUUAAAGGCGUGCACCACCACCGCCCAGCUUCUGCUAAGGCUUGCUAUUAGCUCUGACCCCCAGGCAACUUUAUUUAUUAACAUACAAAUCACAUUUUAGUACAAAUAAAAUAUCACCAUACAUCUUUAUGUGUUUUCUUAUGGAGGAUAUACAGUAGAAAAUAAAAAUUAAAAAAUGACCCAAAAAUAAAUAGUAUCCUAACACUAUAGACAUCAUCUGUAUGACACCAUAUAUGUAUGUUCUUAGGAUUUCUAUUGCUGUAAAGAGAAACCAUGACCACAGCAACUCUUAUAAAGGAAAACAUUUAACUGAGUGGCUUACAGUUUCAGAGGUUUAGUCCCUUAUCAUGGCAGGACAAGGCAGCAUGUAAGUAGACAUGGUGCUAGAGGAUUCAAGAGUUCUAUAACUUGAUCCACAGGCAACAGGAAAUAAACUGUUGUACUGGGAAUAGCUUGAGCAUAGGAGACCUCAAAAUCCACCCCUACAGUGACACACUUCCUUCAGCAAAGCCACACACACUUACACACUUACUCCAACAAGGCCACACAUCCUAAUAGUGCUACUCCCUAUGGGGGCAUUUUCUUUCAAACCACCACAUAUAUACUGUGUGUAAAACACACACACACACACACACACACACACACACACACACACACACACACACACACACGGUUUAUUUAUAUGUACACAACAUAUAUGUAUCAGGGUUUCUACUGCUGUGAUAAAACACCAUGACCAAAAGCAAUUUAGGAAUAAACAGUCUAUUCUGCUUAGACUUCCACAACAUAGUUUUCAUGGAAGGAACUCAAACUGGGCAGGAACCUCGAGGCAAGAACUGCUGCAGAGACCAUGGAGGAAUGCUGCUUACUGGCUUACUCACUGCUUGCUCAGCUUCCCAUUCUUAGAUCAUCCAGGACCACCAGACCAGGGGCGACACUACUCACAAUUGGCUGUGCCCUUCCACAUCAAAAAUCAAUCAAGAAAAUGCCCCAUAGACUUGCUUAAGUUUCUUUCCCCCAAAUUAGGUACUGGGCUCGUACAGCUUCAAGACCAUGGACCUAGAAUAAAAUGCCCCUCCCCCAAAACCCAUGUUGGGUAAAGGUAAUUGUGAAGGGCUCCAAGGACCACAUGCAGAAAUUUGAAGGCAGUGUCCUAAGAGCAGUGUUAGCUAGGUCCAUCAGUGUGCUGGCUGUCAAUGUGAUACAAGCUAGAGUCACUUCAGAAGAGGGAAUCUCAACUGAAACAGUACCCUCACCAUACUGUCCUGUGGGCAAGCAUGUGGUGCAUUUUCUGGAUUGAUGACUGAUGGGGGAGGGUCCAGUUUACUGCAGGUAGUGCCACCCCUGGGCUGGUGGUCCUGGGUGCUGUAAGAAAGCAGGUUCAAGAAGCUAUUAGGUACAAGCCAAAACGCAGCGUUCCUCCAUGGCCUCUCCAUCAGUUCUUGCCUUCAAGUGUUUGUCUGGAGUUCCUGCCCUGACUUAACUAGAGACAGAAGUCAAGUCAGGGCAGGAACUCAAGUAACCUGAGAGUUGUAAGAAGAAAUAAAUCCUUUCUUCCCAAGUUGCUUUUGGUCAUGGUAUCUUAUCACAGCACUGGAAGCCCUAACUAAAAGAGUCAGCAGUAUAACACACUUGGACCCAAAUGAAUCUGGAGAGAAGAGUACUGUUGGAGGCAAUGUUCAGACACAGAAGCCAGCACUAAGUAAUGUUAGAAUGUCAAGUAUGGGAAUGGUGUGUGAAUUGGGGAGGGAGGAUAGUAAAGUAACACAUGGCAGAGGUUGACAGAGCCCAAAUCAUAAAAGGCCAUUGCUGACUUUAUUAACUUAUAUAAUGCAUGAAUCUAGAAUUUAAAACUACAAAGGCUUUCUACAAAUCAUUAAGAAAAUACAAAUACCCUAUAUUAAUCAGGACAGAAGCCAAAUACAAUUAUCUUAAACAAGAAAGGGACUUUAUUGGCUCACAAAACUUUAAAGUCCAGAGGUAGGGCAGGCUUUAGGCACAACUGGAUCUAGGGCCUCCAGAAAAAUGGUAUCAGAACUUAGUUUUCUCACCAUCUCUGCUAGCCUCUGAGUUUCUCCUCAGAGACUUUCUCCACAUAGUAAAAAUGCAGGCUCACAUCGUCCUUGGGUCUCCAGUAGCUCCAAAGCCUUCUUUUCAGUAGUUGCAGUUCUGCUGAACACUCUUCUUAGCCUGCUUCAAAUUACAUGCCCACUCUCUAAUCACUGGGGCUAGUGUGGCUCAGGAGGCUAGGCCUGGUCAUGUGCUCACCAAAGCCAUAUGGAAUGGGUUAACCACAAUAAAUAAGGAUACUGUUACCAUAAAUGAGGGAAGGGAUGCUGAACAGAUACCCACACAUAACCCAAUACAAAGGCAAAAGAAGCUGUGAACAAACAAUCCUCAGGAUUAUAAAUGACCAAUAAACGCAGAAAGAACAACUUCACUAUUCAUCAGGGAAAUGCAGAUAAGGAAGGUUUCUUUUUUCUCUCUCUUCCCAAACAGAUAAGGACUUUCAAGUGUAGGUAAGGCUAUGUGGGGAAAUGAGCACUUUGCAACGUUGAAGUGUUACAGAUGUGUCAGACAGUAAAUGCUUUACAGCCAACCAUCCAGGAAUUUAAAGACCAGAAUACAUAAGACGAUGUCUUAAAAUUCACAUAUAAUCCUGUUUAUUUAAAAGGUGUCCACAUUUCUGUAUAUUCACAUAGAAAUGUGUACAAGCUGUACUAGAAUGUGAAGUGGAAAGUGGAACUGACCUGGGGAAAAUGGUCUCUCACAUUUGUCUAUCUUCAGUUUUGUAUGAUGUUAACUGCAGUCAUUUACACUUUCAUAAUAGAAAGAAAAGAAAUGAACAAGACCAGAACAGGACAUUAAAACAGCCAAUGAACAAAAAAAAAAAAAAUGUUCCUUCUUACUAAUAAAGGCACAAAUAAAAAAUCAAAGAACUGGCCUGUAGGAUGAGCAACACAUUUUCUGGAUGCAGCCCUGAGGAGUGCAAUGCAGGCAAAUGAGCAUUCUUACUAUUAAAGGAGUUAUAAAAUUAGUCUAACUUUUACAACUAUUUCCUCAAAAGUGUCAAAAUACGUACUCCCUGGCCCAAUGAAUCCACUUCUAGUUAUCUGUGUUAUGGGGACAACUACAUGGGUAGUAAGAUGUAUGUUUAUGAAAUGUCAAUCUGUUAUGUCUGAAGAACCUACGAACCCAUCGGUAUGGGGCUGGUUAGAUGGACCAUGAGUGUACUAAUGUAACAGAAUACUAGGUGACUAUGGAAAACGUCCACAUCAGUGUGGGGAGGGAAAGCAGUCUCACUACAAUGGAUGUACAGUGGAGAUAUUAUCUCCCUCAGGUUUGCUGAGGAGUAAAGCACGUUAGUUGGUACCUAUACUCAACCCAAGACUGUUAUUUUAAAAGAUGUUUGUUUAAACGUGUAUAGAGUUAAAUUUGGAAGGACAAUAAACCAGAUUACCACCA